GUAUAUUAUGACGUCACAAAACAUCGUAUCCAAUCAGCCUUUUAAAUUGUCGGUGUCCACGUGAUAGUUUGCCGGUGUCUUUUUCGCCCGAACACGCCAUUCGCCAAAAUGGAUCCAAAGCGACAAGUUACAUCGAGUAAAUUCGUCAACCCUUUCAGGGCGAGCUGUCAGUCAUCUUCUUCACAAGAAAACAGCUGUGAAUUUGGUUCCAACAAAUAUUUUAUGCUUUGUGGGUUUGGUGGCAUCCUAAGCUGUGGUCUCACCCAUACUGCUCUUGUACCACUUGAUUUAGUAAAAUGCAGAAUUCAAGUAGAUCCAGCAAAAUACAAGAAUAUUGGCACAGGGUUCAAGCUGACCUUGAAAGAGAAUGGAACGAGAGGUCUGGGUUUAGGAUGGGCACCAACUUUAAUUGGGUACUCAAUGCAAGGACUUUGUAAAUUUGGCUUCUAUGAAGUUUUCAAGAAUGUAUACAGCGACCUAAUUGGCGAGGAAAAGACAUUUUUGUGGAGAACAUCUCUCUACCUUGCAGCUAGUGCAUCGGCAGAGUUCUUUGCAGACAUUGCACUUUGUCCCAUGGAGGCUGUAAAAGUGCGUAUUCAAACACAGCCUGGAUGGUCUACAACUCUCCGUACUGGCGUGCCUAGGAUCAUGCAAGAGGAAGGACUGUCUGGGUUUUACAAAGGCCUUGUACCGCUGUGGUGCCGACAGAUCCCCUAUACAAUGAUGAAGUUUGCCUGCUUUGAGAGGACUGUGGAGGCACUCUACAAAUUUGUUGUACCCAAACCGAGGAGUGAAUGCAACAAGAGCGAACAGCUCCUUGUCACCUUCAUCGCUGGUUACAUUGCUGGUGUAUUCUGUGCCGUCGUGUCUCACCCUGCUGACACCAUUGUUUCCAAGUUGAACCAGGACAAAGGAAGUACCGCUGUUCAGGUAGCCAAAAAAUUGGGCAUGAAAGGAUUAUGGAUGGGACUUGGACCCAGGAUCCUCAUGAUUGGUACCCUUACUGCACUUCAGUGGUUCAUCUACGAUUCUGUCAAGGUCUACUUCAGACUUCCUCGUCCACCACCACCAGAGAUGCCCGAAUCACUCAAGCGUAAAUUGGGCAAGACUGAUUAAUAUAUCGAGUCAAUAGGAAAAACAGUGAAUUGGCAGUAGGUGUAUGGUUAGAACUAUGAAACAAUUUCUGUGAUGCAAAAUGGACAGAUACUUUGAAGUGAUUGUGUAACUUUUUAUCAUCACGUUUGGAAACAUGGCAAGGCCUUGGCAUCAUCAAGGUGAUAAGGUCUUAAGUGAAAAAGUGUUUUGUUUCUGACACUUCUAAGCCUUUCAACAUUGAAGGGUUACCAAACUCUUUUCUUGAUAUUUUUGUUGUGUUGAGUCUUAAUCUAAAAUACAAACAAAUAGGUUUUCUGUUUUGUUAUUCUUUACUGAACAAUUAAUGCAGUGGUUUAUGUAUCGUAAUAUAAACAAUUAAUGCAGUGGUUUAUGUAUCAUAAUAAAAGCCAUUUUCAUCGAAACUUUGGAAAACAGAGUUUCUCUGUAAAUCAAAACUCUCAGAACACAGUUUCGAUAAAAGUUUGUACAACUAUGUAUUUACUUAACAUGUGAACGAUAUAGAAGAUUUGCAGGUCAAUCAUUCAUUUGGUCAGUGUUUUAACGGACAAGGAGUUGAAUAUUUAUAAUAAAGUUUUGGAAAUUGUUGACUUGCCAUGUUUGUUAUUAAUCAAUAGAAGAUAUGCUAAUACCUAGGCUAUCAUGCUAUUCUUUGGGACCUAACUAACAUUUGGUGUGAUUUUUAGUGUACAUUUGUGAGAUGAAAGGAAUGGAGAAUUGUGCACAAGUUAAUAAAUAACACUGAAGUUUUA